UAUCCUGCAUCAAUCCCGAGGCGCAAAUAAAGCACUAUGGGGAAUUGCUGUCCUUUAUCAAUAAGCUUCACCCCGUAGCUUUUCAUUGCCUCAUAAAACAAGCAGCUCCUAGUUGCAGGAGUUCAGACGGCAGCCUUUAUAGUCAUGAAACUUUCAUUUCUUGGAGCCGGCAGCAGCAAGCGCUGGUGAUGCACGGUCAUUUAUGGUACCUAAUUGCGCCUAACAGUGCUGAACUUUCCAUCUCUCCCUCCUGUUCAAAGGAAAAACAUUGAGCACCACAAAGCUGUGCUUAUUUAAGUCCUCAGCUCUUGCAGCCAAAAAGGAAUGGAUGUAGGUAAGGAAAGGGGGGUUGCGUUAAGAAAGCUGUCUCAAGCUUCAUACUUCUGGAGUUAAAAAGAGGAAAAUUAAAAAAUAAUAAUCCUGCUUUUACUGGGAUUUGAUUUACCCACGUGGAAAGUAACCAAGCUGCAGGCUGCGCCGGCAGCCCCGUAACCACCAGGGCCACAGGAAUCUGCUCAUGUUCCUUGGAAUUUGGACAUUUUUUGUUGCACCCAUUUCGGCUUGCUUUCCAGAUUGUCACUCAAGCGCGGGGCACGCCCCCUCCAGGAGGCUAUUUAAAGAGGAGCUGGUGUGCAACUUUCUCCAACGAGCGAGGAGAAACUCCGAAGGAGGAGUGAGUCAGUCGGCAGCCUGAAUCCCCUCCCUGCCCUUUACUCGGCAUGUCUGGCAACUUGGGGACAGUGACCUGGACCCUAUUCCUCCUCCUCCUUGCACCUGGCUGGGUAGAACCGCAGGCCUGCACGUAUCCAUGCCAGUGUCCCUCCCAGCCUCUGCAGUGCCCCCCUGGCACCAGCCAUGUGUUGGAUGCCUGUGGUUGCUGCAAGGUGUGUGCCAGGCAGCUUGGCGAGCUCUGUUCCCUGCAGAAACCCUGUGAUCAUCACAAGGGACUCUACUGCGACUUCUCCAAAAUCCACAGAGGCAGCGGGAUCUGCUUAGCUCACGAGGGUGCGACUUGUGACCUGCUGGGCAAGAUCUACCACAACGGAGAGAGCUUCCAGCCCACCUGCAAGCUGCAGUGCAUCUGCAUGGACGGGGCCAUCGGCUGCAUCCCGCUCUGCUCCGACGACCUGCGGCUGCCGUCCCCCGAGUGCCCCAACCCACGGCGGGUGAAGUUCCACAAUAAGUGCUGUGAAGAGUGGAUCUGCGAGGAGGGCAGUGAGGAAAACCGCUUCGAAACAGCCAUGGCGGUUUUCAGGGAGGAUCCAGCACACAAGCCGGAGCUGAAUAACCUGCAGGAGAACUGCUUGGUGCAGACCACCGAGUGGAGCGCUUGCUCCAAGAGCUGCGGCAUGGGCAUCUCUGCCCGAGUAACCAACGACAACCCCCAGUGCCGCCUGGAGAAGGAGACCCGGCUCUGCAUGGUCCGGCCCUGUGACUUCCCCGUGGAGAAAACCAAGAAGGGGAAGAAGUGUGUGCGGACCCCAAAGCCACGCCAGAGCCUCCACUUUGAGUUUUCGGGCUGCACCAGCACCCGUUCCUACCGGCCCAAGUUCUGCGGCAGCUGCACGGACGGCCGCUGCUGCACCCCGUACGUCACCAGCACCGUGGAAGUGGAGUUCCGCUGCCCUGAGGGGGACUUCUUCCAGCGGAAGAUGAUGUUCAUCAAGGUGUGCUCCUGCCACUACGACUGCCCCCGAGACAACGACAUCUUUCUGGCCACCUAUCACAGGAGGAUGAUUGGAGACCACGUCAAGACAGAGAGGCAGUAGCCCUCUCCGUGCCAGAUCCACAGGCCAAGGUGUCAAGAGGGCUCUGCAGCGCUUUCGUGGCUGUGUCCCAAGUCAAUGCAGCCUCUUCCCCCUCUGUGAGGGGCUGUGCUCUUCAGAACAGCACCGUUCGCCACCAGUGGUCCCAGUGGCCUUCCUAACAAGCCGAGGUGCGUGGGGGCACAGCCCCAUCUGCUCCAGGCUCCUGACCUUCACCCGUGGUGGUGCAAAGGUCAGUGAAGGAACGAGAAACAGGCUUGAGCCGCAAACUUGAUCCAUGUUCCCACUGACCAGAUGGGAGAGUGGAUCAAAGCCGCGUGGCUCCAGCCUGUGUCCAGCUGAGAGCACAGCGGGUACGAUUCCCCGUCGCCACUGGCCUGCCAAAACCAUGCGGCAAACCCAGAGCAUGAGACAGGGGAAGCCCAGGAGGCCUGAGCUAAAGCCGAGCUCUGCAGCCUGCUUUCUAGCAGAGUGGGGCUCUGCUGCGUGUUGAUGCAAAGCUUCUCAGUGAGGAAAGUGGUCCUGGCCCCGUGCUGGGCUUCUGCUGAGCUUUUCAACUAGUUUUGGCUAAUUGGAUCCAACAAGUUGGCAAAAACUCUUCCCCAUCCUAGUGCCCACCUUUCACCCUCCCAUGUGCUUUCCCGUCAGCAGCUUUGUUCCAGAUCCGUUUGCUCCUAGAGAGGCCGGAUCAUCUGCUGGGCGGCCCGUUCUCCGGGCAGCUCAAGGCUGGGCUUGCUUUUUUCCCCCAUUAAAUUCCUUUUAGCCUCGUGUGCCAGCAAGGGUGAUGGCGAAGACAAGGAAACAGCCAGUUGUGUAGUGUCACUGCAGGAGAUGGAAUGUGGCUCAGGGCCUCCUCCAGAAGAUCUGAGCCCAGGAAGGAGUU